AUGGAAUCCCUUUCAAAUACCAAGUGGGAUGUAGUGAUCAGCGGCACUGGGCUACAGCAGUCCCUUCUCGCCCUUGCCCUGUCGCGAUCUGGCAAGAACAUUCUUCACAUCGAUCCGAACCAGUACUAUGGAGAGGCCGAGGCUGCGCUGAGUCUGCAAGAGGUGGAGGAGUGGGCUGCUGAGCAUCAGUCCUCGAGUGCCAAUAGCGCCUUUUCCAAUGUGCAGGUCACGAAGGACGGUCAAGGGCCAGCCUCUCCGCGAGCGUAUAGCCUGGCUCUGGCUCCUCAGCUUGUUCACACAAAGGCGGAACUCAUCUCGCAGCUGGUGUCCUCCAAGGCAUUCAGGCAGAUUGAAUUCCUUGCCGUGGGCUCGUUUUACAUCUUCCAACCUCCCUCCGAAUCCGAGCACGUCGCGUCCUUGAGCAGAAUCCCUUCGACCCGCGAGGAUGUAUUUUCCAAUACUGCCAUCCCAGCGAAGUCGAAGCGUUCGCUCAUGAAGUUCCUCAAGUUCGUCUUGGACUACGAAUCGGAGGCUCAGGCAGAACUUUGGAAACCUCAUGCCGACGCACCACUGGUUGACUUUCUCAAGUCCCAGUUCAAGCUGGAUACCAAGCUACAGUCCUACGUCAUCACGCUUACUUUGAGUCACGAUGGAAACAUUUCCGUUGCUUCCGGUCUGGCGAUCAUCUAUAAGCAUAUGACCUCCAUGGGCUUGUUUGGUGCGGGCUUCGCGGCCAUUUACCCGAAAUACGGUGGCCUGUCCGAAGUCGCCCAAGUGGGCUGCCGAGCAGCUGCUGUUGGCGGCGCUGUGUACAUGCUGGGUACGGGGAUGAAAGAGGUGUCAAAGCCCGAAGGUGACGAUGCGGAGCAAGUGCUCCAAGUCGCGCUCACCAACGACAUUGACGUUCAAACCAAGCUCCUUGUCCAAUCCACUGAAAAAGUGAACAGCGAUGUUCAACUGAGCAGACUGACGGCUGUAGUGGAAUCUUCUCUUUCCUCGGUCUUUAAUGUUGUUAUUGAAGGGGCACCUACUCCAGCCGUGGCUGUGGUAGCCUUUCCACCGUCCUCGGUUUCGACCAAAGAUGGCCAGGUAUCUACUUAUCCCAUCUACGCCAUGAUUCAUUCCAGCGAUACUGGCGAAUGUCCUUCUUCCAAAUGUGUUGUGUAUUUAAGUACAGUUACUUCCGCCGAUUCUCAUGGGCUCUUAGUUGAAGCCCUCUCGUCCUUACUGUCCACCAUUACCAUUGAUGGCGACGUUCCCAGUUCAAGUUUCCAGGUCUACUAUGAACAAAAGACCGCCUCCUCCUCGGUGGAGGUGGAUGGCCCCAUCAUUCGUAUGCCACAGCCGUGCUUAGAUCUAGCCUUCAACGAUGAUGUUAUGAGUCAUGUUCGCGCGGCGUGGGACGCUGUGACCCGUGCUGAUGAGGCUACUGAUGGAGCUGGCUACAUGACGUUCGAGGAUCGCGAAGGUGUUGAUGAUGACCCAUUUGACUAG